AUGGACGCCUACCCCGAGGACUACGUCGACCACAACCUGCCUCUAGUCCUACUCUCUGGAUUAGAGGCAGAUGAUACCGCCGCAGUCCCCCCAAGCUACCCUCUAUUAGCAGAAAGAGGAACUCAUAUCUUCUCCGACUUCCCCCCUUUAAGUGGAGGGGUUGCGGCAGAGCUUCGGAGCUUGUUCCUCCAAGAAGAUGGCACUCACAUGCCAUGGAAGUCUAGAAUCAACGUGAGCGGAAACACCGCAACCGCAAAUAUCAGUUAUCGGAUCAAAAGCACGGGCCGGUCAUGCCGACUCCCACCUCGAAAAGCGGACCCCCCAAUACCAUCCCCCCCAGCUAGUCCAGGCGACCAGGACAAGGGAGCCUCCGAGUCGACCACACAUUAUGUUCUACACUCCCCAAUAUCUCCAUUGACCCCGGGUUCCCCGACCUUCCCUGAUGGGUUGCUCACCCCUCUGUGGGCCACCAAGCACCAGAGCUUGGUGCCUGCAGCGGUGCUGAAUUUCUUUCCGUUCUCGCUGGACCCGAAUAUGAAUUCCCUACGAGACAAUCAGCUGAAAAUCGAGAUCAACAGCUUGAAAACAGAAUGGCAAUCCUCGGGGUACAAGACGCGAUUUGUGGUGGUUUUGAUCUCCGAAGAUGGAGAAGACGGCGGAUACGAGGGCGAGAUCGACGAUCGCAUUGCAGGAAUCCGACGAGCAACGAACCUCGAACCCAAAUCCAUCUUUGUGAUCCCACCAGACGCGACUUCAUCAGAACUACAGGACUUCGUUAAGUCGCUAUUUUCAUUAUUGCAACCUUCGGUCGUCGAGUACUAUCGGGAUUUGUCCAAACAUGCCAGGCGGAAACGAAACAGAGGAAGCAUUCCCCCACCGACUGCACCGCCGACCACGGGGACCUCUCAGACGUUGUCAUCGCAAGGGUGGAACGUGCGAUAUGAAUUCAAACUCGGCGUCUUCGCCGAGUUCCGCCAAGAGAUGGAUGCAGCAUGCCGGAACUACGAGAGUGCAUACGACACCCUAUUUGGACAUGAGGUGUUCGAGAUUAUUGCUGGGUGGAACCCUCGGUUCAACGAUGCACGUCUUUUGGCCGAUGCCCUCGCCAUACGAAUCAUGCGAUGUCUUCUGUGGGCAGGCCAGACGACUGCCGCAGCGCGGCUCUGGGCGGACCACAGAAUCCGUGUACGGGAUAUUGUGAACCGGCGGGGCAAGGGCAGCAAACACUACGGGUGGGAGGCAUGGGAGGCGAGAUGGUCGAUGGUCAUGGCCCAGCUCAUCCGUCGAGCAGAAAUCCCGUCUAUCUCUGGGGCAGGCUCCAGCGAAGAGACCAGGGAGCUCUACACGCUACCCGAAAAAUCCAUUCCCACCGGGGAGCGUGUCAAGCCUUGGGACCAUCUUCACCACGAGGGAUACUGGCUACAUCGCUCAGCGAAACAUACAAUGAUCCGACGGGCGCUUGCUCUCGAGAUACCUGCCGAGGACCGCAUACCACCCAAGCAAUCACCGGCAUCGCAAAUGGCGAACAAAUCUUAUUUGUACGAUACAUAUCUUGUCCCCGACACUCACGAAGAAGCACCGCAAGAAGGACGAACUGGCUUCGACCAUUCGGCUUUGAUAUUGAGUACCCUGAAAGCUGCUAUUGUGGAGUUCGAGAAACGUCACCAGACACGGAAAGUUGAGAGUCUGAGUCUGGAGGCAGCGGAGGAAUAUAUGCGUGUGGGCGCGUGGCCUGAGGCGCACGCCAUCCUUAAACCUCUUUGGUCAACACUUAGCUGGCGCAGGUCUGGGUGGUGGCACCUUAUGGUCAACUUCGGAUGGGCUCUCAGGGAAUCCUCUCUCCGAACGGAGGAUAGCGAGACAGUUUUGCGUGUGGACUGGGAGCUGCUUAAUAAGUCCUUUAAACCGCGGCCCGGCUGGCACUACGACAUUCACAGGAGUCUCGAGGGGCUGCCUUCUGAAAAGCCCAAACCGUCUCUUAUCCUGCGUGCAGAGGAUGUCUUGACAAGCUUGAACGCAUCCUUGGUAUUUGAGAAAUCUAAUGGUAAUGUUGGUGAGCCGCUACAGGCCCAACUUGCCAUCACUUCUUCUGCCCAUAUGAAUUCGGCCCCAAUUCGCCUCUGUGAGGUCAAGCUAGUGUUUGAAGGAUGUCUACGACCGGUCAAAAUCACAUCUGACCAGAACAAGGACGCCGACAUCGCUACUAGCUGUUGCCUCUCGAAAAUUCCACUCCGUGAACCGAGUAGCCCAGUGGAUGGUACGCUUCAAUCGCCGACUGGUGGGCUUGCCACUCUGGUAGGGGUAGCUGAUCUCACACUGGGGCCCUCUCAGACCAAGGUGUUUGAUCUCACCUGCAUUCCUCGUGAAGCCGGUGAAGCUCGAGUUGCUUCGAUAACAAUGCUGAUCGAGGAAGAACAAUUCGAUCUUGGCUAUGCGAUCACAGAACCAGAACAGCGUGAGUCGUUCUGGUGGCACCAGUCACCGAAGGGCGUGUCUCGCAGAAGGGUUGGGAAAGACCGCGACACUGGCAAGUGCAAGGUCAUGCCAAAGCCACCCAAAAUUCGUCUCACGACACCAAAUUUAAAGGAAACUUACUAUAACAAUGAGCGAGUGACUCUUCAGAUCAGCGUACACAACGAUGAAGACGAAGCCGCUGAAGUAACGACUGAAAUCAGGCUUUUUGGGCCCGAACCCACUGCCCAAAUUCAUUGGCUCAACGACACCGACACUGAACCUCUUGACUCGGGUACUAGCACACCGACCGAGGGACCAUCACAUUUCUUGAAGCAAUCGAUAGGGGCCAUGGAGCGCUCAUCCGCCAAAACCUUGGAAAUUGUUCUUGACAACACCGAGGAAUCGACCGACCUCACCCUUGAAGUCUCCGCAGUAUACCACUUGUUGUCUGAUAUACAGACUCCAAUCAUGAAGAACAUUACCGUGGAAUUGGCUUUCAUCCGGCCUUUUGAAGCAAACUAUGAUUUCCUUCCAGCCAUUCACCCUGAACAGUGGCCUAAUUUCUUCGCUGUGGAUGAUUCCCUGCUUGAUGGAUCUACUCCGGGAGGCUUAUUCCAGAGAUGGUCUCUCAAUUCGAAGGUUGUUUCGUUUGCACUGGAGCCUUUGGCAAUCGAUAAAAUGUCACUAGUCCUCCUUGAAGCCAAUGGAGGUGCUAUUUGCACCGUUGGCCCAGAAGAGCUGGUCAGCCCCGAAACAUCCCUCCUCUCGCCGGAGGAGGUGAGAGAAUCAAACUUCUGCCUCGAUGUUCAAAAAGCAGUGCUUGGAGACCGUCGACCAACAGCACUCAGCUGCGUGUUAGAAAUCAACUGGCAUCGCAAAUCCGAGUCCAACGAGAACACCACAACCUCAGUUCUCGACAUUCCGCGCUUUGUUGUACCUAUGGGCGAACCUCGCGUUCUUGCUUCGGCUACUGCAUCUGAAACUAUGGCUGGACUUGUUCAUAUGGAAUACGUGAUAGAGAACUCAUCCACCCACUUCCUCACAUUCAACUUGCUCAUGGAAGCGAGUGAACAAUUUGCGUUCAGUGGCCCCAAGACUACAGCGGUGCAAGUCAUGCCGCUGAGCCGGCGCACCGUGCAGUAUAAUCUAUUUGCUGCAAAGCGCGGCUUGUGGAUUCAGCCCCAGCUGGUGGUUAUCGAUACCUACUUCAACAAGAAUCUGCGCGUUCUUCCAACGGGCGAUGUUCGGUCUGACAAGAAGGGGGUCUUGGUCUGGGUUGAUGCGGAAGAUUGA